AUGAAAAAGAAGGAAUAAAUCAAUCAAAUUGUGAAUUCUCUGAAAUAUAAACUAUUCAAGUAAUCCUGUGUCUAUUUAGAGUUAUUUACCUAAUUUUGAAGCGAUGGGCAGAUUAUAGAUGGCUAACAAUUCUCUUGUGCUUAAUUCAAUAUCUACAAUUCACCUAUUUAAAUUUUGGACUCAAAGUUCAAUAUGUAUGGUAGAAUAAAGCCUACAGUGACUUGAUUAAUCUAUUAUUAAAGUAUAAUUCUUGUUUAUCUAGGUAUUUUACAAUUACAAUCUAAGUUAAGAAUGUUGGAAUUAACACUUAUUUGACCGUGUUUUAUAUAUGUCUCGGAUUAAUUGUCCUAAGCAUCAUACUAAUCCUCCUUCUAGCCUUUGUUAUUAAAAAUUAGAAGUUAUAAACACCUCCCUUGCUAUUGCUCAAAUACCUACUUAAAAUAAUUCUCACAAUAGGUUUUUGGCCAAUAGUCAGGAUGUAAUUUGGUUUAUUAGCAUGCGAAUAUAAUAAAUAGGGGACAUAUGUUAUGAUGUUUGAAUAAUCAGAAGAAUGUUGGACUUCCGAAUAUUACAUCCAUGCUGUUGUAGCCAUCAUCGGUUUGAUUGUGACAUUGUUGUUUUCCAUGCUCAUGGCAUUCCUAACUUAUGAAUCAAGACAUGCUGGCCAAGACGCUAGUGCUAUGAGAAAUGGCAGAUCAUCUGCUCUACUGCUUCUAUACGUAUUUGUGUAAAUUAUGGUUUAUCAAUUAUUACCCACUCCUCAAUAUACAAUUAUCAUUAUCUUUGUGUUCCUCAUUGGCAGUGCUUGGAUAUUCAUAAGUACUCACCUAGAUUAACCUUAUUACGAUACUUUUAUCCAGAGAAUAUAGUCUAUUCUAUCAGCUGUCAAUUUGUGGACUAUUAUAAUGAUGCUCUAUUCAUAUUCAUUUGAUGGUCAAACCUUUUAAAAGACUGUACAAGCAUGGCUGAUAGGAGUUCCCUUAAUUAUUGGGAUUUUAGCUGUAAGAUAACAGAAAACAGUAGAUCUAUUUGUUGCUAAUUUAAAAAAGCUUAAAAAUGGAAGAUAAAUAAUUCUUUUAUGCGAAUAUCUAGUUUUACUUAUAAAAAGGUCAGAAAAAUGUUAAAGAGCCUAAUUGCUUCUUGAUAGUUUUAUUGAAAUCCAUAAGGAAAUUUGCGAUAGACCUGAUUGCAGUGUGAAAUUAAAAUUGGAAUUGGCUAAUAAAUUCAAAGAAAAUCUAAUUUAUACAGAUAGAAAUUACAUUAUGAUUGAAUUGAUAAUUUAAAUGUACCAUGAAGGAAUUAAGAAAUUUCCAGAUGAUACUCCUCUAAGAUUAAGUUACAUCUAUUUUCUCUUCAAUCAAUAAAGACCAUAUUCUUUGAUAAUGUCAGAACUAAAUCAAGCUAUGGACUUUAAACCCACCUUAGAUUAUGAGUUUCAUAUCUUUAGGUAUAAAACCAUUAUUGAAGAGGAAUCUAAUAAAAAGGCUGAGUUAUUUGAAUCUACAAACUCACUAAAUUAGACGAAAGACUUUAUUGACCAACUAGAAAUAGUGGCUCUGAAGGUUGUUGAAUUUUGGAGUGCCUUGUAAGAGGAAGUGCCAGAUAUGAGUAAAUUAAUGGCCUAUGGAUUCAAAAUUAUUAAGUUACAGGACUUAAUCGAUUACAAAUGGAAUAAACUUUAGGAUAAUAAAUCAUUAAAACUCUACUAUUACCUAUCAAGGUUUUAUUAAUUGGUGCUAGAUGAUUAAGAGAAGGCAGAUUAAUAUUUAUAAUUAUUUUGGACUCUCCAAAAAUCUAAAUAACAAUAAUUAAGUGAAUUAGAGGAAGUUUGCAAUCAAUCAACUCCAACCUUGGUAGCUUCUGCUUAAUUUUAAAAAGUUAACAUUUAUGCAGUUAACAAGUCUUUUUGUAGUUUGUUAGGAUUUUCAAAAGCAGACUUAAUCGACAGAUCUAUCAAUCAAAUAAUCCCAAGCAUGUAAAAAACUAUUAUAUUUUAGCUUCAAUGAAAAGCAUGAUUAAUGCGUGGAGCUAUUUAUAGAAAAUAAAGCAAGAUAAGAAAAGGAAUUUAUCACAUAAAGUGUAUUUUUAGUAACUAAGAGUAAUUAUAUUUUACCAAUCUUUUCAACUAUCAAAUUACUGUAGGCUCAAAAUAAUCAAUUAUUUUUUAUUGCUCAAUAUUAAUAAUCCUUUAGUCCUAAAUAAUUAUGCUAUUUAUUAUUGGACAUAAAAGGUCACAUUGAACAUAUUUCUAGUUCUUGCAUUACAUUCUUGAAAUUAGAUGCUCAAAGAAUCAAAAUGAGAAAAAUUAACAUCAAAGAAUUAUUCCCUGAUUUUUUUCAAAGGAAAGAUGAAUUUCUCUCUAAAAGUGGAGCCAAACUAUAAAUUAAACCUCAUGCUAUGAAAUAUAGCACUAAAACUGUAGAUACAACCUUAAGCUAAUAUGAUUAGAUAGAAUUUUAAUGUUAUUUGUCUUACAUCUAAUUUCCAUGUUUAAAGGAUAGUAGCAAAUACGGAAUGAUAAUCAAAUUAGAAAAACUCAAGGUUAAUGAUGCAGAUUCCCCAGGUAUGAUAUUGCUUCAAGCACAAUAAAAAAGAUUCAAAUAUCCCAUUUUUCAAUAUAUCCCACCAUCUAUUUUCUAUAUGGAUUUUAUGAGUUUGACUUAGAUUGAAGAAUCAAUUAACAAUAACAGUCAUGUCGAAGAUAAUACAUCAAAAAUAUCAAGAAUUGCUGAUUACUUUUUAAUGGCUAAGAAAAUGACAUAAUCUAUUAAACAUGUUGUAAGUUAUGAUGAUGGAAUUAAAAUUAAAAGACUGUGGGAUGGCCAAAUAAUAGAUAUCUAGGAUAAUAACUAGGGUUCAGAAGAAAUGGAAGAGGAAAGUAACGAACAAACAAAAAAUAAGGAAAAUGAAGAGAAAGAAAUUGAAAUCUAAGAAUUUUAACACUAUUUCAAAUUAUUCCAAUCUAAAUCCACUAUCAAAAAGCUUCUAAUUAGUUCCCACAUUCCAAACGCUUUAAAGUUAACUAAUGUGUUUAUCCAAAUUUCCUUAUUCACUCUUUUUGCAUCAGGAUUAGUUGUCUUCUUGUUUAAUUUGAAUGAUGACACUUAAGUAUCAAAUAUGAUAUUCAACUUAAGUUUAACAAACAAACGAUUAUCUAGUUGCUUGAUGAUUAAUGCUAUCUUGCAAGAUCUUAGAUUGGUAAGAUAUGGUGAGAUUAGAAAUACUAGGUCUGAUCUUGAUGAAAUUUUUAAUUAUAAUUUAGAAUUGAUGGAAUAGGAAAUAUAAGAACUUAUCGCAAUUCAUUCGAAUUUGAGUAUGAUUGAUACAUAUAUAAAUGAAGAAUAUCAAAUAUAUGAAACAAUCUACUUCACUCAAAACGUAGAACUGCUUUCAUUAGAUGGAAGCAGCCAGAAUUACACCUACAAGGAAUCCAUAGAUUAACUAAUAGCUAAGGCAAUUCAAUUAAAUUAAAAAUAAAUUUCCUUAUUUGAUGAUUCAAAUGUUGACUUCUUUUACUACAAUUAUAACAUUUUGAAUUCAGUAACCCAAUAUUCUUACAUACCUUUGAAUUAUUUCUAUUACUCAAUCAAAUCAGUGUCUUAGAACUCACUUGAUAACAAGACAGCCUUUAUAAUAUUACAGACCUUUCUGUUAUUAAUUGCAUAUGUUUUAAUAGCAUUUUACUUGAUUUAUUUUAGUAGAUAGCUUCAGUAAAUAUAUUUGUUUUAUUUUGAAAUUAAUGAAUAACGUAUUCAUGCAGUAGUUUAAAAUUGCGAAAAAUUCUUAUCUAUUUUAAAUGUUGGGGAUGAAGAGUAGGUAUUUAUUAUAAUUUUUCACUUUAGGAUGAGGACAACGAGGAACAUUAAUUCAACCACAAUCAUAAUCAAGAACAAGAAGAAUUGAAAAUGUUGAACAAGAAAACUAAAAAAGUUUGGAAAAAUAGCAAUGCCAAAAUUUACAAAUUGAUGAUAACAGCAUUCUUUAUCUUUAUGCUUCUCCAAUGCUACUUUAUCUAUCAAUAUUAUUCAGCCUAAUAAGUAGUAGAGGAUACAUAUCAUUUAUGUCCCAUUUUGAAUACUACAUCCCAGUUGGAAUCUUAAUAUCGUUUUGGAGAUAAUGUUAUUAGAGAAUAUAUAAUGAAUCCCAGCAGGAACAUAUUUAGUACAUCCCCUUCAACAUUUAUUGAAACCUACCUAACAUAGUUGUAUGAUGUGAAUGCAAAUAUGCAAACUUAAUUCACUUAAAAUGUUGAUUUAUUCUAACAAGAUUUUAUUAAUGUAUUUCAGUAACUGUACAUUUAAAAUCCUUGUCCACUUCUAGGACAAUUAUAAACUUUUAUCACUGAGGAAUAUUGUAACACUGUAUUAGACGGGACGGUUUCUGAUGGACUAUCAAUAGGCUUAACUAAAUUUUAUGAAAAUCUGAAGAUAUUAUAACUAGAUUAUGAAAUGUAAAGAUUGCAGAAUUAAACAGAGGCACAAAAUAAAUAAUUCGGAAUCUUAUUACUAAGUACCAAUUUUAGUGUAGAGGUAAGGGUUAUGGAAAAGAUCAUCAUUAGAUACACUCAAAGAUAUUUAAUUGAAAAGUUAGAAUAAAGUAUUAGUAAUUCCUUCAAGAAUUUAUCAAUUACCAGAGGAACUCUUUUUAUUUGUUUCACAUUUUACUUAUUUUUUAUUGCAUUCUUUUUAUGGAUUCCUAGUAAUUCGUCAUUGACUAAGGCAAUGCAAAAAAGUCGAACUCUCUUGCUACUUAUGCCGAUGCAGAUAUUAACAAAGUAAAUAUAAUGAUUAUAUACGUUUUAUAGUUCAACUCCAAUUCGGAGAUACUUGAGAGCUGUACUAAAGAAGUGA